CCGGUGUGCGCCCGGAUGACGUGGCGGGAACGGCGGAAGCGGCGCCUCCUUUUCUUCGGUGGGCUGGUGGAGAUGGGGAUGGCGCCGGCCGGGCUCCUGUGGUGCGUGGCGGCCUUGUUGGUUUUGCGUGGCCGGGCCGAUGAGCAUGACCACACGUACCGAGAUAAAGAAGAAGUUGUCUUAUGGAUGAAUACAGUAGGACCGUAUCACAAUCGCCAGGAGACAUACAAAUACUUCUCUCUCCCUUUCUGUGGUGGAUCAAAAAAAAGCAUUGGUCACUACCAUGAAACCCUGGGAGAAGCACUUCAAGGAGUCGAAUUGGAGUUCAGUGGGCUGGAUAUUAAAUUUAAGGAUGAUGUGAUGCAGACAAAUUACUGUGAAAUAGACUUGGAUAAACCAACAAGAGAGGCAUUUGUUUAUGCAAUCAAAAAUCAUUAUUGGUAUCAGAUGUACAUAGAUGAUUUGCCAAUAUGGGGUAUUGUUGGUGAAGCAGAUGAAAAUGGUGAAGAUUAUUAUCUCUGGACAUACAAAAAACUUGAAAUAGGCUAUAAUGGAAAUAGGAUUGUGGAUGUGAAUCUGACAAGUGAAGGAAAGGUUAAACUAGUUCCCAACACCAAAAUUCAAAUGUCUUACUCGGUAAAAUGGAAACGAUCAGAUGUGAAGUUUGAAGACAGAUUUGACAAGUACCUUGACCCAUCUUUCUUUCAACACAGAAUUCACUGGUUUUCAAUCUUCAAUUCCUUCAUGAUGGUUAUCUUCCUGGUGGGCUUGGUUUCUAUGAUUUUAAUGAGGACACUGAGAAAAGAUUAUGCACGAUACAGUAAAGAAGAAGAAAUGGAUGAUAUGGACAGAGAUCUAGGUGAUGAAUACGGCUGGAAACAGGUUCACGGAGAUGUCUUCAGACCAUCCAGUCAUCCUUUAAUAUUUUCAUCCCUGAUUGGUUCUGGCUGCCAGAUCUUUGCAGUUUCUUUCAUAGUGAUCAUUGUGGCAAUGCUAGAGGAUUUAUACACAGAGAGAGGAUCAAUGCUAAGUACCGCUAUUUUUGUUUAUGCUGCAACAUCCCCAGUGAAUGGUUACUUUGGAGGAAGCCUUUAUGCCAGACAAGGAGGAAGGCGGUGGAUAAAGCAGAUGUUCAUUGGGGCAUUCCUUAUUCCUGCAAUGGUGUGUGGCACAGCCUUCUUCAUUAAUUUCAUUGCAAUCUAUUAUCAUGCAUCAAGGGCUAUUCCCUUCGGGACAAUGGUGGCCGUAUGCUGCAUCUGCUUCUUUGUUAUUCUUCCCUUGAACCUUGUUGGCACAAUUCUUGGACGGAAUCUUUCGGGUCAGCCCAACUUUCCUUGUCGAGUCAAUGCUGUUCCUCGUCCAAUUCCCGAGAAAAAAUGGUUUAUGGAACCAGCGGUUAUUGUUUGCCUGGGUGGGAUUCUCCCAUUUGGAUCCAUUUUUAUUGAAAUGUAUUUUAUAUUCACCUCCUUCUGGGCUUACAAAAUCUAUUACGUCUACGGCUUCAUGAUGUUAGUGCUGGUUAUUCUCUGCAUUGUGACAGUGUGUGUGACAAUCGUGUGUACGUACUUUCUACUGAAUGCAGAGGACUAUAGGUGGCAAUGGACGAGUUUUCUGUCUGCUGCUUCAACUGCAAUCUAUGUUUACAUGUAUUCCUUUUAUUACUACUUUUUCAAGACAAAGAUGUAUGGCUUGUUUCAGACAUCAUUUUACUUUGGUUAUAUGGCAGUAUUUAGCACAGCCCUGGGAAUAAUGUGCGGAGCUAUUGGCUAUAUGGGAACAAGUGCCUUUGUUCGAAAAAUCUACACUAAUGUGAAAAUUGACUAAGGAAACUGAACUCUGGAAUGGUUAACCAGUAGGGUAGGGUGGGGUGGGGGUGGGGACAGAGUAUAUAAACUUGCACACCAAAAAGCGCAAGAAGAAAAUUGUGUAUUUAACACUGGGCACUCUGUGGGUCUCUCUUUUGUGGAUCAUUUAAAGCAACAUCUGUUUUCAUUGAUCCUAGGUUCUUACUGACUUUCUUCAACUGUUCUCAGCAAAAGCUUGGAUUAUAUUCAGUAGGCAUUACCACAGUACAUGCUAAUCUUCCCACAAACUAGCUCAUAAAGAUGAAAUAGACUAGCUCUCUUCAGUGAAGAGGACAAACUGUAUUUACGCAUUUGUUCCAUUCAAAAGAAAAAUGAAACUUGUGGCUUUUAAACUUUGCUGAUUAGUUACUGGUACUUUAAAAUACCAUUCUGGAAAUAUUUCUUCCCUCCUAUUGUCAGUACUAUUCGACAGGGUAAAGAAACACUGGGUGCUACCAGAUAAUUUGCAAUAUCACCUAUUAUAAAAUAUUCAUGCAUUUGUUUUAAAAAGACAAAUAUUUGCAUGCAGUAUCAGUUUAAUAGGACCAACUUUCCAUUUUUUCAUCAUUAAAGGAAUGUCCAGCUAUAUCUGAGAUCCAUCCAAAGAAACUUAAGUACAAAGGUGGAGUUCUCUGCACUGCAAUUUUUGUACAGUUAGUAAGCAAAAAUGGUAAAUAAAGAUGAUGCAAUCUGUUUUUAUUCAACGCUUGGAGGUCUAGGUAACAGAAAUAAUUGAAUGUGUACAAUGAUUUUUUUCUUUUUUCCUAACUCAGCCACCCAUCCCUGGUUUGGAGUGUUUACUUGAUGAUUUAAAGGGGUAACAAGUGUAUAAAACAUUAAAUGAUGUAACUUAGAUGUAGCUCCCAAAUGUAUUUGGAUGUACAGAUUUACUAAAGAAUACUUUUUUCUGAUAA